GCGGUGGUGGCGGGCAUGGCGGUGUGUGCUCGGCUCUGCGGCGUGGGCCCCGCGCGUGGGUGCCGCCGCCGCCAGCAGCGCCGCGGCCCGGCCGAGACUGCAGCGGCGGACAGUGAGGCGGACACGGACCCCGAGGAGGAGCGUAUCGAGGCGGGGCCGGCGCGUUGCUCUCUGCUGGAGCUCCCGCCGGAGCUGCUAGUGGAGAUAUUUGCAUCGUUGCCCGGCACCGACCUGCCCAGCCUGGCGCAGGUCUGCAGCAGGUUUCGCCGCAUCCUGCACACGGACACCAUCUGGAGACGGCGCUGCCGCGAGGAGUAUGGCGUGUGUGAGAACCUGCGGAAGCUGGAGAUCACAGGCGUGUCUUGCCGGGAUGUCUACGCAAAGCUGCUUCACCGAUACAGACAUAUUCUGGGGCUGUGGCAGCCAGACAUUGGGCCGUAUGGAGGAUUGCUGAACGUGGUGGUGGAUGGACUGUUCAUCAUUGGCUGGAUGUACCUGCCACCUCAUGACCCCCAUGUUGGCGACCCCAUGCGAUUCAAGCCACUGUUUAGAAUCCAUCUAAUGGAAAGGAAGUCGGCCACGGUGGAGUGUAUGUAUGGCCACAAAGGGCCACACAAUGGCCACAUUCAGAUUGUCAAGAGGGAUGAGUUCUCUACCAAGUGCAACCAGACGGACCACCACAGGAUGUCCGGUGGCCGGCAGGAGGAAUUUCGGACGUGGCUGAGGGAGGAGUGGGGCCGCACGCUGGAAGACAUCUUUCACGAGCAUAUGCAGGAGCUGAUUCUAAUGAAGUUCAUCUACACCAGUCAGUACGACAACUGCCUGACCUACCGCAGGAUCUACCUCCCCCCCAGCCACCCCGAUGACCUCAUCAAGCCAGGCCUCUUUAAGGGCACCUACGGCAGCCACGGCCUGGAAAUUGUGAUGCUCAGCUUCCACGGUUCACGUGCCCGGGGCACCAAGAUCACGGGUGACCCCAACAUCCCUGCAGGGCAGCAGACUGUAGAGAUUGACCUGCAGCGCCGCAUCCAGCUGCCGGAUGUGGAGAACCUCCGUAACUUCAAUGAGCUCUCCAGGAUUGUGCUGGAGGUCCGAGAGCAGGUUCGGCAGGAGCAGCAGGAGGCGGGCGAGGGCCCUGCCCCACCCCGGGAGCCUUCAGCCAGGGGUCCUGAAGGGCCACCUGCUAAGGACAGCGAAGAGGCUGGCAGUGGAGCUGAGGCAGCCGGGCAGUCGGCCUCAUCUGGGCAGGGGCAGCCGUUUGUGUUGCCUGUGGGUGUCAGCUCUAGGAAUGAGGACUAUCCCCGCACCUGCCGGCUAUGUUUCUACGGCACAGGCCUCAUCGCCGGCCAUGGCUUCACCAGCCCUGAGCGCACUCCUGGCGUCUUUGUCCUGUUUGAUGAGGACCGCUUUGGGUUUCUCUGGCUGGAACUCAAGUCCUUCAGCCUGUACAGCCGAGUCCAGGCCACCUUCCAGAACGCCGACGCCCCGUCGCCUCAGGCCUUCGACGACAUGCUUAGGAACAUCCAGUCCCUCACCUCCUGACCUCCGAGUGGGCGGAGAGGCUGCGCUGGGGCCUGGGUGGGGGACGCAUGCACUUUAAAAAUGAACGCACACCUCCUCACUAGGGUCCCGGUCACCCCUGUAUAGCGUGUAACAUACUCUUGUACAUUUGAUUGGUCGGUAGCUAUGAAGGUGAACUUUAAGCAUGGUGGGAAAAUAAACACGAGCCAGGAUGAGUCUGACUAGCUAGUGGCUGUGGUGCAGAGAGUCAAAUGGAUUCCUACAGAUCCUCUGGAGAAAGUGAGUCUGUCUCUAGGGAGGGUUAUGACACAGCCACCAUGGGUCACGGGAGGUGUACUGCUGUGCCUGCUGCCUUCAAAUGACCUAAACGGUCACCGCUGGGAAGUAGCCUCAGUGGAGUAUCAGACACAGGAACCCCGCUGGACUUCUGUUUCCUCACUGGCUUGCUUAGAUUUUUGGACAAGGGCAUUGCGCCAGGACCUGUUUUCCUGCCCUGGCUGAUUGGCGCCAUCAAGGAUUGUCAUGGCUGGCAGUCUCCAUCCUGGCUCUGAGGUGGCCUUGGUGACACACUUGCUACAUUGUUAGAACCAAGCUGUCUGGCCAGCUUGCUUGUCCCCAGUAGCCACGUGCUGUUCCUUGGUCCUCCAUACCUAUGGGGAGCCGGCCCUGCCUGUUUUUGUCAGGCCUGCCCUGACUGGAUACAGCAUCCCUAUUGCUUUGCUCAUGGUUGCG